GGAAGCAACUGGUGAGAGUCAGAGGAGGGGCAAAGCUGUGCCAAAGAGCUCAGCCAUAGCUCCAGGUCAAGGGUCAGUCAAUGCUUCAGUUCAGCAAAGAGCCACAAGAAAAGCCAGUAAGCAACAAGAUUUGAGGUGGAAUGCCACAGAUAAACCUAGACAGAAAAGAAUCAAGCAUAAGAAGCGCCAAACAGCACAUACAAAUAAAUCAUCACCUCAUUUUGGAAGUGAUAAACAAUUGUUACAGUCUACCACACCAUAAUUCACACCCACUCCCUCCGUGGCCAACGACAACAAUAACCAGCGAUGUUUCUUAAAAUAUGGCACUGGACGCAGUUUUAUAGCUACCUUCUUGUUGUCAGCUUUUUUGAGUGGUUAUUCCAUUGUUACUCUGAAGAUGAAUACGAAAGGGUGUCUGCAGUAGGGGCACAUCCUGCCCACAAGAGGGCACGACAGGAAGACAAAGCAGACAGGCCACUUCAACAGCAUACAUCACAACCAUUUGGAGGCAGAACAAAAGCAAACAGGCAACAUCAGCUUCAACCAAGAAGGCAUACACCACGACUACAGCGAAGAGGACAUUCACUGCAUCCAAAAGGGAACAUCAUACAUCGCAAGAGGAAGCAUGCUGUGCUGCAAGAGAACCAGGAGCUGAGAGACAUAAAAAAUGAAAAUUGAUGUCAUUUCAUACAAGAAAAUAAAACAGUAAAAAAAAUACAGUUAAUCAAAGAAAGGGGAGUUGGUGGCAAAUCCUCCAAACAUUGUGUGUAGAUGAUGUGGUUGGAGGAAAUAUGAGAAAAAAGAUUGGCGUGUGUGUGUAAAAUAAGUCUAGGUGGUAAAUAUCAGGUGACAAGUAUGUAAAUCAAAGUCUCACAAUAGAGAGUGGAAAACAGCAGAGGUGUAUAGAAAACAAAACUUUUAUUAUUAUUCGCUAGCCACCUGACAGUAACAUUCACACACAUUGUGCAACUCAGUGGGGAAGAGUAGUACACAGAAAAACAGAUUUUUGUUGAUUUUGUAGAAAUUAUUUCUUAAAGGACAAAAUGGCUAUAUUUAUUCAUUUUUAUUUAUUUAUUUGUCCAUAUUUAAGCAUUUGCAUGCAACUGAUGUCAUGAUGAGUAAUGUACAACAGUUUUUAUAAACUAUGGUUGACAUGUUAAGAAAUAUAACUAUAGUACCAUGCAUAACUAAAGUACACACUG